AUGUCAGACGCCCACGUUAAGCGCCUCAACGUGCUGUACGAGAGCAACUGGACGCGGCUGGUGCACGAGCAGCUGCGCAAGUUCGAGAGCCGCGUCGUGGCGGCCGCCAAGAUGGACGGCUACGAGGGCAAAGACCUCACCGACUCCGACCUCCAGUGGUCCUUCAGCGGCGCGCUCCUUUACUCUGUCACCGUCAUCACCACCAUCGGGUACGGCAACCUGGCGCCCAAGACGGCGGCGGGCAAGGUGGCGACCAUGGUGUACGCCAUCGUGGGCGUGCCGCUGAUGCUGCUCUGCCUGUCCAACCUGGGAGCGCUGCUCGCCGACACGUUCCAGUUCGCCUACUCGCAGGCGCACGCCUGCUUGGUGGUGGUGCUGGAGCAGGUGCGCCAGCUGCUGACGGAGUGCGCCGAGUACCAGGUGUCGCAGGCGGGGGGCGGCGCGCCGGACGCGGCGGCGACGCGGCUGCUGCGCGAGCUGCGCAGGCCGGCCCCCGCGCCCGGCGCUGACGACGAUGACGACGACGACGAGGACGACGAGGAGGAGCGCAGCGCUGCGGCGCACGACACGCCGUCGAGGGUUCCCCUGAUCUGGAGGCCGACCGAGCAGCAGCACCAGGUGAAGCCUAAAACACACACGCCACCGCGUCCAUUUUCGUCCGCCACUGCCCCGCUGCAGAGCCGGGUGCCGGUGUGGUUGGUGCUGGUCGUGCUGACGGGCUACAUCUGCCUGGGCGCCGCCAUCUUCGCGCGCUGGGAGGACUGGAGUUUCCUGGACGGCGCCUACUUCUGCUUCAUCACGCUGUCCACCAUCGGCUUCGGCGACCUGGUGCCGGGCAAGUCGCUGCGCACGUUCCAACAGCGCGCCGAGCUGCAGCUGGUGGCGUGCUGCGCCUACCUGCUGCUCGGCCUGGUGCUGAUAGCCAUGUCGUUCAGCCUAGUGCAGGCCGAGGUGGUGGCGCGCUGCCGCCAGGCCGCCGCCUCGCUGGGGCUGCUCAAGCGGUAGCGCCGGCCCCCGCGCCCCGUCACACGGUCGCCCACCGACCAGUGGCUCUAGGGCGCCCAAGUUCUCAGACCCCACCAGCACUCGCCGGGUGCAAGUGAAGUGCCGGCGAGAUCACCUGACUUUGUUCCAACUUGAAAUAUAUCUUCUCUCAUAUAAGCAAGAUCUACACACCCUCAUGCUUCAGGUGGAUCAAAAUAAUGUCGCGAUCAAUGUCUUCCCUCGUGUUAGAGAGGUCUUUAUUGAAUCUUGUUCCAAAUGGAUUGGUGUACUGGCUAUCGUUAUCUCUUAAUCCUCACGCAGGCCGUAUCUAGACUGUGUCCAGAGAGGACACAGGUAACACACGAGGACGGAACUAACAUCAGGGCUCUGUGUUUGGAUCUGUUCCGCACCACAAUGUCGCUCGGGCAUUAACACAGAGAAUCACGACAACAAAUUACAGAGUUCAAAACAAGUAACUUAAAGAAAAUAUUUCCAAAAAUUCGUCAUGGAUGACCAAAAGCAGGAAGUCUCAAGAGCAUAUGGAUCUGCCUGAACAUGAACUUCCUCAUUUCAGGGUAGGGGACAAAAUCAUGUGCAACGCAAGUUGUCCAUGGUCCGCUUUUCUGCGAGUUGCAGCUCGUAGUGACAGGAAAUACUCACUUUUGGUGCGGAUUAUCCGACUCACGGCGUAGAAUAUUGAGAGCAAGCAGUGUAGUCAGAUUUCCUUGGUCGGGAGCGGAGAGAUUUUCAGGUGGCUGAAGCCAAUGGAGAAGUUUGUAGCUCGUGAUUUACACAUUUCUUUUAUUUAGGAUGUAGUCGUUUGCAAGAUGAUGACGAUAUGUCUUGUGAAGUUUUUACUUGACCGCCAUCUCUGGAAGGUUGGUAUAUAACCAUGCAAUGGACAACUGGCUUGCGGAACAGAUUUUUACUUUCCACACCGGCAGCAACCUCACUAAAAAUGUAUGGAGGUGCAAUCCUUGAAAGAUGAUAUACCUUGGCAAGUAUUGUUGGACUCAGACAUCCAGUAAGAAGCCUGAAAAUUUCAUUUAUCGCCUAUUCAACUUUUUGGUUGUGGCCAUACUUCUACCAGACGGACUGACAGACUUGUAAUGCCGUUGUUCUUAAAGUUUGUGGCUGAGAGUCGAAUAAUUUUCUUAUGUGUUAUUCGUUGCUUUUUCUUUCAGCCCUGUCUUACGGCAAUGAUGCUUUAAUUCAAGAUGCCAACUGGUACGCACACAUUGUGAAGGCUACUGCCUUGUCGGUGCAAGCACUUUCUUCUGUCAUUGGCUGUUCGCUUCAGUUCGUCGUAAUUGUCACAUCCUACUAUCUUCUCUAUGCCUUUCAAAUACUUCAUUCUAGGCCCUCCUCAACCUUUCUUUCCCUUCAAGAAUAUGAGUGAUAAUGGUAUUUGUCUCAUAUAUGUCCAAAAUAUUAUAUUUUUCUCUUUUCUGGGUUCUUUAAUAAUCUUCUCCCUUCGCUGACUGCCUCCAAGUCAGCCAGUUGGUUUUUCUCUCUGUGCAGAUUGUUCUCCUUAUUUUCCACCAUAUCCUCAUAGCAGCAGUUUCAGGUCGAUUUCUUUCAAAUCCAUCCAGAAUUCAGCUUCUACUUCCUAGAGCAUAGUACUCCAUUCAAAUGAUAUUGAAAAGGACUUUUUAACAUCUAUAUUCUUAUAUAUAUUUUCAUAAGUUUGCUGGUUAAAAUGUUUUUCUUAAUCAUUAAUGUCUGCUUUGCCAAUGUUAUCGUUUUCUUCAUUUCAGUUAAUCAUCCAUUGUCCUUUGUGACUGUACUACCAAGGUAACAAUGUUGAUUCGCCUGCUCAAUUCUGACCUUCUCAAUUUCCAUGUUGGCUUCAAUUUCUCUCAUAUUUUUCUGUACUAAUAUUACUUUUGUUUUACAUAUGUUCACUUUUAAUUUCUGAGUAUCUGAUAAUGCUUACAAUAUGCUAUUCAUUUCUUUUUCGGAGCAUGCAACUCUCAUGAUGUCAUCAGUAAAUCUAAUAUACUGAAAUGAACACAACUUGAU